CACGACCCGGCGCCCUCCCGCGCUCCCGCCCGCCCCCCGCACGCCCCGGGCCGGGGUCCCCGCGCGCCGACCAUGCCCGCGCGUCGGGGGGCGCCCAGCGAGCCGGCCGGCUGCGGGUCCGGCCUGGGGGCGGCGCUGGCCCUGCUGCUGCUGCUGCUGCCCGCCGGCCGCCCGGUGCGGGCGCAGAACGACACGGAGCCCAUCGUGCUGGAGGGCAAGUGCCUGGUGGUGUGCGACUCCAGCCCGUCGGCCGACGGCGCCGUCACCUCCUCGCUCGGCAUCUCCGUGCGCUCCGGCAGCGCCAAGGUGGCCUUCUCGGCCACGCGCAGCACCAACCACGAGCCGUCGGAGAUGAGCAACCGCACCAUGACCAUCUACUUCGACCAGGUCCUAGUAAACAUCGGCAACCAUUUCGAUCUUGCCUCCAGUAUAUUCGUCGCGCCGCGGAAAGGGAUUUACAGCUUCAGUUUCCACGUGGUCAAAGUGUACAACAGACAAACCAUCCAGGUGAGUCUGAUGCAGAACGGCUACCCAGUGAUCUCAGCCUUUGCGGGGGACCAAGACGUCACGAGAGAGGCGGCCAGCAAUGGCGUGCUGCUGCUCAUGGAGCGAGAAGACAAAGUUCACCUCAAACUGGAGCGAGGCAACCUCAUGGGCGGCUGGAAAUACUCCACCUUCUCGGGCUUCCUGGUCUUCCCUCUCUAAGGCAGAGCUCCCGGCCCGUGGGAUGCUGAGUCCGCCAAUCU